AUGCGUUUCUCUCUGACUACCAUCGCGGCUGCGGCUCUGAUCGCCUCCGUCUCAGCGGCACCUGCUCCAGCUAAACCGACCGAACUCACGGCUCGAGGUCCUGCUCCUACACGCGCUCAUGGUCAUCGUGGUGGCCACCGCGGCAAACACGGCUCUGAAUCCAUCGGCUCUGGACUGGGAAUGGGAGGUGGCCCAGGACGAGGCGGCCAACGCAAUGGCGGUGACCCCGGUUACUUCCCCGGCGGCGGCGCUGCUCCCACCGGCGGCUUCCCAGGCUUUGGCGGUCAGCCAUCCGACCCUCAAAUGACGGGUGCUCCUACGUUUACUCCCGGCAGCGACUACGAGCGUAGAUCGGUGGAGUCCGAACCUGUUGUUACAAAGCGUCAACCCUUCGGUUUGGUUUGGAGAGCCAGUGAUGACGAAUCUAAGGACGCUUCGGAUACCAAGGACUCUGCAGAUGAUUCGUCUGACUCCAAGGACGGUGCUUCCGACUCCAAGGACGGCAAGAAAGACAAGUCGAAGGGCUCUUCUGGCUCUUCUGAUAGCAGCGAGGAUUCUUCCAGCGGCAAGGACAAGUCUUCCAGUGACGCUAGCGACAGCACUGGAGACAGCACUGAGGAUGCGACUGGCGACUCUGGUUCAGGCUCUGGUGGAGAUGGCAGUUCGAGCUCGGGAUCAGGUUCGGACUCCAGCAGCGGUAGCGGCAAGGGCAGCGGAUCAUCUUCAGGUGGAGAGUCUUCUUCCGGCAGCGACUCAUCUUCAGGAAGCGACUCAUCCUCGGGUGGAGGUUCGUCCUCAGGCGGCAGCUCUUCCUCAGGUGGCGGCUCCUCUUCAGGUGGUGGAUCUUCCUCCGGCUCAGGCAGUCAAACUGGAUCCGGCAACUCCACUAUGCCCAGCUCGGGUGGUAGUGCAGCAAGCGGUACUAUGCCUGCAGCAGCUGGCGAGUCUACCCUUUCCAAGACCAUGAUGGUAACCGGCGAAUUCGACGGUGGCAUGAAGCGUUUCGGCCGUGGAGUGUCUUGCACCGGUCAAUCAGAAGGGGGAGACAGCGAUGCUGUAUUCUCUAUCGCUAACGGCGGCACUCUCCGCAACGUCAUCAUCGGAGCCGAUCAGAUCGAAGGAGUACACUGCCAAGGAGCCUGCACCAUCGAAAACGUCUGGUGGGAGGACGUUUGUGAAGACGCGCUCACCUUCAAGAAGGACGGCGAUGGCACAGUCACGGGCGGCGGAGCCAUGGGCGCAUCAGACAAAGUCAUCCAACACAACGGCGUUGGUACCAUUUCGAUCUCAGGCUUCACAGUCUCAACCUUUGGCAAGCUCUACCGAUCAUGUGGAAACUGCAAGACCAUGGGCGAGCGCCACGUUAAGAUCGACAAAGUCAAGGCUACAGGCGGAACAGCGACCUUCGUUGGUAUCAACAGCAACUACGGCGAUACUGCUACCAUUACCAACUCUUGUAUCACGGACACCAAAGCUAUUUGCGAGGAGUUCGAGGGCAACGAUACUGGUGCUGAGCCUAAGCAGAUCAGCCAAGGACCUAGCUCUGCUUGUAUCUACACUCCCGCUGAUAUCGCUGCUUGUUGA